UAGGGGCAGGGCUCGUGCAGCCGCCGGGGAUCAGCUGACGGGGCGCGCUCGCUGAGUACUCCACUGCGCUUCCCCACCCCCAACAUUGGGUAGAGGACCAAACGCGUAAGCGAGCCAGUCAAAGUGGUUGUAAUCGUUGCUCGCCUCGCGUUACGCAGCACAGACCAAGAUGGAGCGGUCCGAGAAGACGACGCUGAAUGCCGUGCAGCCGCCCGAGCUGAGAAAUGACGGUUCAUUAACAUCGACUCUGAAGACUCUUCUGGUUUUCACAGCUUUAAUGAUCACUUUACCUAUUGGAUUAUAUUUUUCUUCUAAAUCUUAUGUGUUUGAAGGUGCCUUUGGGAUGUCCAACCGAGAUAGCUAUUUCUAUGCUGCGAUUGUUGCUGUUGUUGCUGUUCACAUGGUACUGGGGCUGUUCGUCUAUGCUGCGUGGAAUGAAGGCACACGCCAGUGGCGGGAAGGCAAACAGGACUAACGAGUAUCAUCUUUUGAUAAUGGAUAAAAUAAGAAAAUAGUUCACAGGUGUUCACUUAGGGUAUGGGAUCCCUACUCUUCGUCAUGUCCUUGUAUAAGUUGGUGAACAGAAGAAAGUCUCUACUAUUAGAAUGAGGUCCUGAAAAUUGAAAAAAAGAAUGAAUAAAAUCAUCUUAUUUUCCAAGAAACGGUUUUCCUGCUGCAUGUCUGUAAGAAUAUGUCUGUCUUUUCUCAAGGAUCGGUAGGGUUAUUUUGGAAGGUACUUCACUGAAAAGAUCCUCUUACACAAUGUAUGUGCCUCAUAUAAAAGAUCUUAAUAAAGAUUUGUUAUGAACCCUU